GCAUUAUUGAUCAAAUUUGAUCAGGACAACACGCCUAUAUUAUAUAUAUAUUUAUAUAUGCAGUAUAAAUGAAUAUAAGGAUAUCUUAUUUUCUAAAUGUAGUUAUAACGGAAUAUCGAGAUUUUUUGUCUUAAUUUUUAUAAAUAUAAAGGAUUUGCGUUGAGAUCGUGCACUUUCUGUCAAGGAUUUUUUUUCAAUAUAAGAUAUGUCGACAUGCAGCAGCGGCAUUCUAUCUCAUUUUUCGGCCGAUUUAAACGGAGCAGCCACCCUGACUAGGGAACCUAAGCUAAGUUACAGAAAUAAGACUCAGGCUUGGUGGUUGACAAAUCCAAGUCGAAAAGGUUCUAAUCGUGUUUUUGAUGGUGUAGAUGGGUAUGACAAUCUUGGAGGAAACGAUGAUGAAGAAACAUGGGAUUUGACACCAUCUUUAAUUGAAUUGGCUGAAGUUGGUCGGUCUAAUGUGGCACUUCGGCAGCCUAACGUACGAAUCAAAGAAUGGCUUAGUUCAGAUUCGUCUCAUGGCUUUAUAAGAGUUUACUCCACCUCUUCGACGUCAGUCAUAGUGCCAUGUGCUCUGAGUACAUCCGUUCCAAAAGUGGCGGCCACACUUGGAGUAUCCCCAAAUUCCCUUUUCGUACAGUGUCAUGGAGAUGUUACUCGACGACUGCUUAGCGAUGAAAAUCCAUUGUGCAUUCAGAAUGAAUAUCUUAUGAAUAUAGGAUACUCUGACGGAGAGAGAAUACAGGAAGAAGGAACCUCCGAAGAUCUACAAUAUUUAAUUCGAUUUUCAACUAAUAAGCCAUACGUUGAUGGAACAUAUACUUCCGAUAAGUUAAAAUCACUUGCAGAAAUAAGGAAAGGUCGUUUUUCGUCUUGGCAGAAAAGAUUAUGCACGUUAUGCGGAACAAGAAUGACUGUUUAUAAAUCAUCAUCGCCAAAUCAGGAAUCAGCCACUGUAAUUGAACUCGUAAAGGGCAAAGUAGAGGAAGUAAAUACUAAGGGAAGAGAGAAUGUCCUAAAAGUAAGCUCUUGUAUUGGAGGUGAUAGAACAUAUUAUCUUUCAUUUUCCCUAACUUCCGAAUAUUUAAAAUGGUUAAGAAAAUUGAAAAAAGCUACUAUCAAAUUACCGACGAAAGCCGAUCUGUCCAAUUGUAACUUAGAAGUUUUACCUCAUACAAUUUUUAAUAACGAACAUUUAGUUAUUUUAAACUUAAGAAAGAACCUACUAUCGGAAAAGGCUAUCGCCGAGAUGGAAUCUGAAACAAAUUUAACCCUACCCCAAAUAGGUUAUAUUGAUGAUCUAGCCAAGUUUACCAGAUUAAGAAGUCUCAAUUUAGCUGAUAAUCGGUUAACAUACUUCCCUUUAAGCUUGUGUGAGAUAAUAACCUUGGUGGAAUUAAAUUUAUCUUCAAAUAAGAUUGAGAAAAUCCCGGAAGAAACUAACAGAUUGCGCAAUUUACAAGCUUUACAUUUACAUAACAAUCUCUUGCGCCAUCUACCAGACAACUUGACAACUAUGAAUAGACUUUUUAUACUCGUUCUGGCGUUCAACAAAUUUAAUCAACUACCACCUGCCGUCGCAGCUUUAACUGAUAUAAGAAUCUCUGACGUAGAGAAGGUAAUUAUGUCUGGCAACCAAAUUUCCAAGUUAUCAAAUGAAUUAAUACUAUCAAAGUUGAAAUUUGCCAAAGUUAUUGACUUAAGACUGAAUAGAUUGCAGUUGCACGCAUCCGAAACAUUUAAGUUUCAUGUUCUAGAACAACUAACUCAUUUGGAUAUAAGAGAUAAUUAUGUGACUGAUCUCGAUUUACGAUGCGUAAAGGGUUUACAAUCUCUGCAUUGCGAAAGGAAUCGAAUGAGUAAUUUGCAGUUGUGUGGCAAUUGCCUCAAAGAAGUAUUUGCUUCGAACAAUAGUUUAGAACAGUUUGCCAUUUCACCCAAACCGGAACUGUUACAUACUCUUGAUGUAUCUCAAAAUCAAUUACGCGCCCUACCGGAUUACUUGUCCGAAUGCUUCUUCUUAGAAAGAUUCUACGUCAACAAUAAUAAUCUAUCGAAUCUUCCGCUCAGGAUUUUUUCUGGCGCAAAAAAAUUACGCAUACUGAGAGCGGACCAUAACAGGCUUACUGAUUUGCCGGAGGUAGAAGAAGGCCGUUCGUUCCUCAUCGAAGAAGUCUAUCUACAGGCGAACGGAAUAAAACAACUACCAUGCUAUUUCUUUCAAUGUGCUAACAAAUUAAAGAUUUUGAAUUUGUCCUCAAAUCGACUCAAUUUCCUUCCAAACUUGAAUGAGACGUACGACCUAAACAAAGUUCAAGAGUUGUACUUAACUGGAAAUUUGUUAAAUGAUCGGGCUUGUUCGACCAUCUGUGGCUUUCAUCGUCUCAAGGUAUUGCACCUGGCUUAUAAUGAUUUGACAAAAUUACCCGAAGAAAUAGCCAAUUUGCAGUUCUUGCAAGAAAUUAACGUGUCUGGUAAUCAAUUAAGAUUUCUUCCUUCGUGCUUGGGAAAUCUUCAAAAGUUAGUCGUGUUAAGGGCCCAUUCAAAUGCUCUAAAUUCUCUACCAGAUCUAAAAAAGGCAUCUAACCUACGUGUUCUGGAUGUAGGACACAAUCGACUGUUAAAUGUUAACGUAACAAGUUUGAUGGCAUCUCAAAUUAGUUUGUUAGACAUGAGCCUAAACGCACAGUUAAAGGUUGACCCUAAGGCAUUCAAGAAUAUUCGACAUAAAAAAAGGGUUUGCCUAGUGGAUUUAACAGGUCAAAAUAGGGGUUUACCAGGAUUAACUGGUCGAAAUUUCCCCGAUCCUUUGGAUGACCCAGCGGAUCAUGAUCCAACUUUACCUUGGAAAGUUGGAUUUUCAAUUAGUCCCGGUUGGCGUAAUAAAUUGUGCAUAAGUUUAGUUAGGGAGUUAUCUUUUGGUGGAAAAGAUUCUGCUGUUGUUGGUUUAAUAGAUGGCGGUAGGAAUGAUCAGGUAGCAAAGAGACUCCUUACCUUGUUACCUGAAAUACUUGAUGAGGAAGUAAAGAGAAGUGGUAACAGAAGCAAAUUUCUCAAGUACACUUUCAUAAGAGCUCAUGCGAAAUUGGCUUCCAUUGGUCAAAAGAUCGGUGCGUCAGUGGCCCUUAUGUAUAUUCGAAGAACAUACUCUGGUAUGAUAAACCAAUAUACUCUCCAACUAGCAAACGUCGGCGAUGUUGAAGCAGUAUUGUGUAGACGAGGAGACGCUCAAUUAAUUACUAAAUUACACUCGAUUUCCGAUAGUGAGGAGAGGCAAAGAAUUUACGAAACAAGUGCUAUCGUUACGGAAGAGGGGAAAAUUAACGGCACCACAAAGUGUACCAGACAAUUGGGAGUCAGCUAUCUCUACCCUCAUGUUAUUCCUGAUCCGCACGUAACAAGAAUAGCACUUCGGCCAGAUGAUGAAUUUGUAAUUAUCGGUAAUAAAGGGCUAUGGAGAUUCGUAAGCUAUGACGAAGCUGUAGAAAAGAUUUACGAUAUUGGUAGUCCUGUUGCUGCAGCUAAACAAUUGCAAGAUCUGGCUCAAAGCUACGGUUGCCGCGAGAAUAUUGGCGUUAUGGUGAUUAGAUUGAACACAGAUAGGGGUCCUUCCCUUGCACGACUGAAAAGAAAUCAAAGUAUGAGUAUUGAUGAUUUAGACGCUGCCAAAGAACUGGAAGAGAGGAAAAAUAAACAAACAAAAAGUUCACCGGCUUAUAUUGAAUUACCUUUCCCUCCUGCAAGGAUUAUCCCAGGUCCGUCAUCCAUACCUGAGCAGAAAAAACCGCUUCAGAGUUCAAAGGGAUUAAGAGUUCGAUCGGCCUCAACUUCAAAAGAAAUUGAUAAUGAUAGUAGCAGUAUCGCUAUCAGUGAGUACAGCACAGACAACGGAAGUUCGCAAAAGGUAGUUACGCUAAAACCGUUACCAAAGCAACGCUUUCGAAAGAAAAAUGUGGCUGAAGGUUGGGAGGAUGUUCUACGGAAGCGCCUUCAAAACGAUGUCAAAAGUAAAGAACUAGAACAUUCUGCAAUGCAAUUAAACACAUCUUCUUUGGUGUCUAGUGGGGGAGUCUGGCUGAAUGGAGAAUCAAACUGGUUUAAGCAAUCAACUUCCUCAAGCAGAACGAUAACUCCCCCGGCAUGGACGUCAGCGGCUCCCAGCCAAGGUGCUAACCCAGCGUAUAGUGCCUUCGAGGGCGAUGAGGAUUUGAAUGACGAUCCUAAACCGGUCAGUAUCCGGGUCAGUCGUCAACACAGUCGGGAAGACGACGCCCAGCCAGCAUCGGUCAGAGUUACGAGACCCGCAUUGCAGAUGUUCGAUAUUGCACAAUUAUAAUAACUUAUAUACAAUAUUUUUUCGAUACUUAUUGAUAUAUAUAUACAGUAUAUAGUAUAUAUAUUAUUAUAUAUACUAUAUAUAUAUAUAUUUAAUAUAUA